AGUUUAUUAGUUAUGGCAUUUUUCUGUCACUAAUAUAAUUUUUACCUCAAUUGCAGUUAGAUUACAUAUUAUUCUGAGUAGAUAUGUCCCACCAGCAAGACCUUAAUUCCGGAGAAGGAAAAAAGAAUCCUGGAAUAGACAUAAUGGUUGAUCAGUCCGAGGAUGAGGUUGAAUCAGCACUGCGUAUGAAAGAUGGAAAACAGCCCAGGUCUAAUGCAUUUCCCUCACCUAUCAGCCAGUCAUCGGGUUACUUACAGGCCUUGGAUGAAUUCGAGAACGCCCUUACGGGUAGUGGCAGGAACUAUGGAUCAAUGAACAUGGAUGAGUUCCUUCAAGGCAUCUGGAGUACAGAAGGCAAUAUAAUUCAAGCACAAAAUUCUGACAUAGCCAUGCCUGAUGUGGUACCCAUCAUAAGUGCUAGUAACAACAAUCCACUAUAUCCGUCUUGUGAGACCUCGAAUGAGAGGGGUAAUACUGCAGGGCAAAUGAGCUUGAAAAGACAAGGAUCACUAAUUGUUCCGCCACCCUUGGGGCAAAUUAGAACAGUGGAAGAAGUGUGGUCUGAGAUCAAUAGAACACAACAAAGCAUUAAUAGUCAUGAUGGCUCCGAGAAAAGCUAUCCUGCAAAUGAAAAAUUGACAUUGGAGGAUUUUUUAGUCAGGGCAGGAGUAGUCCGAGAAGCAAGUGGCAGACAAGCACAACCACCUCCUCCUCCUCUUCCCCCUCAGCUGCCUCAGCUUCAGCCGCAGCCUCUCUUUCAGAUAGCCUCCGGUAUACAAAUUGGUGGAGAUAAUUUAGCGGCUUGCUUUCCAGGUGGAAUAGGUAGCGUCAGUGCAAACCAACUUGCCUAUAGUGUUUAUGGUGGGGGAGUUACAGACAAUGGAUAUGGAGCUCAAAGUUCUGAAAACAUGAGUCAUGUUUCCUCUGAUGGGAUAGGUAUGAGCCAGCUAGGAAGGAAGCGGAAUGGCCCUGGGAAAAAGGUAAUUGAGAACCGCCAGAAGAAGAUGAUAAAAAACAGGGAGGCUGCAGCAAGAUCCCGAGCAAGAAAACAUGCGUACACAAUUGAACUAGAAGCAGAGGUGAAUCACUUGAAAGUUGAGAAUGCUUACCUCGAACAUAGAUUGGCAGAGUUAAGGACCGGACCUAUGAAGCAGUACGCUGAAGCAGAUAAAGCCGAAGCUCAGGCCAGGGCAAAAGCUAAACUCGGAAUAUUGAGGAGGUCUCUCAGCUCCACAUUCUAAAGCAUAAUGGCAUGUUUACUCUGUGAGUAGGAUCUUCCUGUUGUGAUAAAUAGGCAAAUUGGAACCUCAAACUCGUGUUCUGUUGUUAUUUCUGUUUCUAGUGUUUAUGUUUCUGGAUGUUCAACAUUACAAUGUGUGUAUGUAUGUGGAUAUUAACUUGUUCAAUUUUUGUAUGUUUUGUUUUGUAUGUGUGUUUAUAUUGAUUUUUU